AUCUUUCAAAAAAAAAUUGGAAUGGCGGCGUAAAGGGCCCAAGAAGCAGAUGUUUUUUUGAUCACACUUUACAUGUAGUCAAGAACCUCAAAUAUCCUUCCGUAAUCUGUACUGGAUGACUUGGAAUUUCGUAAAAACGGUGAGUAUUGUCAAUGUAGUUCAAUUACACACGCCUGAUGUGUGUAAUGAAUUGAUCCGGUUCUCGAGAUGUUAGGAAGUUAGUCUAAUGCUAAUUCUUUGAUUGUAAUUUUCUAUUCGAACGCUCGCGGUGACUAAAUACGAGUACGCGUACUUCAAUAAUGAAUUAUUUUAACCAACAAGUGUAUUAAACAAAAUUAUCCCGUAUGAGAUUUAAGACAUUAAGCAGUCGAUUUGUUUUACAUAUAAUGACAUGUUGACGUGAGAUACAGUACGGAUUUAUCGCAGUCGAUUGCCUCGCAAAUAUUAAUUCCCCAUCUUUCAAAAUCAAUAUCAUGUGUUUAAAAAAGCUGUAUCUUUACAUGCGAUCAUAUUGUAAUUAUUUGUAAUUUUCCUGCCUCCAUAUAGAAGUCGGGCGAACGUCCGUCCUUUGUGUGUCAUGACCCUGAUAUGUGCUCCGAUAACUCAUAAAGAUCCUAACUUUGUAAUGGAAACACAAUUAAUCGACGAUUCAUCAUUCCUUUAUGAAUGGAAGACGGCGGAAGAAGAUUUAGACUUCUUAGACUACACAUACUGUUUUGAAGGUAAAAUGGGGGUACUUAGUUAUAGUGUUAUUUUUCCAGCCAUCUUUUGUCGGCCCAAAACAAUUGUCUCGUCCGGGCAUGGGGAAAUUAAUUGACGCGGUAUACAUAAGAUAUAUAACUACAUAGUUUACCAAAUAUUAUCUUUUAUUAAGUAUAUCUAAGUGCGGAAUAUUAUAUGUUGGCUACGUGUUGACUCAUAAAUAUUUUGUAAUGUUUGUUUCAUAUUGCAUUCAGUCGAUAACCCAAACAAACGCUCAGCGUCGAAGGCUGCAACAACAACAGCAAUAUCGCUACCCGAAUGCGAAGGCAACGAAAACCAGAAAAUUUUAAAUUUAUCACUACACAAACUCCAGCGUAUAGAAGACCCCGAAAGCUGUCUGCGUAGAACUGUUUUAAUAAGCAACACGAUAAAACGCUUACGGAGUCGAACAAGCAGCGAACUUAGGAUUCUACCAAAGGACAAAGACACGGAUGGCAGCUGUUACACAUGCACGCUACCGUGCAAAAGGCCACGCUUACACGUUACAGAUCUUCUCAAUUCAAAUACGGACAAUUUAAAAGGUGAUUAUGACCAGGGGCUAAUUACAAAGCAAGACAGUGCAAGUAUGAUGGAAAUAUUCAAUCAGAAAAUAAACCCUGCUGGCAACUCAUUAGUAUGCCAUCUUCCGUUGGCUCUCACAACUGGCGAAGACACGAAACGAAACUGUGAUCCGGUAAGGUUUAAUGGAUUAGAGUUUCCGAACGUAAUAUGCGCGUUGGAAACAUAGUCAUAGAAGGUAUAAGAGUUUUAAUUUCAGAAGUACUAAAAGUCCUAACAGCCUCAAGGGGUACCUCUAUCAGCGGAUCAAAUUAAACCUCAAACCAAUUUUGUUCUCCAUUUAUUGACAUUUUGUACACAAAGAACAUGUACAAACAAAAGAUGCAUACAAUUAACGUCGGACGCGCUCUUACGCCCGCCCACAGGUUUAAAAUACUAUCAAUACAAUAUCGAAAUUACUCAUUAAAAUAGUUGAAUAUCACUUUCUCAAAGAAAAUACUGUAGUACAGGCUUAAUUUUGUACAAGAGUGCUCAGAAAUUAGGUCUCGGUGAAACAUUCCGCUUUUUCACUUUCGUUAUCAGUAAACAGAGUUAGCGAAGGCGUGACUGCAAUAACAAAACAAGGAUGUGCAAUCUAGUGUGCAGUGAAGUGUACCAAAUAGGCAUAUUAAUAUUAUUAGUUGAACUACUAGACAUGAAAAAUCAUAAUCGCUAGCCGUAUAGCCAGGCGUAAAUAGACCAAGUAAAACCGCUUAGCCGGGCUUAGGUUCAGUUCACAGACUUCACUAUGAGUCAUGAGAUGAUUCGCGUUGAGUGCGUUCACAUGUGAAACUCGCUGACACUGGUCUGAAAGCUAGGACUAGAUAGAAAGCUUGGGAUUGAUAGGGAUACAAUUAAAUACCUGAAAAACACAAGGAGAACUUGGACGUUUCGAGUGAAAUCCCUUCGUCGGGUAACGUAACUUCACGACGAAGGCCCUUCGCCUUGUAUUUUGAUAAUUUUUCAGAUAGUUGUAUCCCUAUCAAUCUGAAACUUUCUUAUCAUUUAUUGGCACUACUAGCACUGGCAUAGUUAUAGAUUAUAUAAUUGAAUACUGGGUUGAACAUCCUUCUGAUAGAGCACCGUUCGGGAUUACAUAAAUACUGGAUAGAGCAUCCUUCUGCAUAUUUAUGAGAUGAGAUUUUAAAGUCGGUCAAAAUCUCUGCUUAUCGGAUCGCGACGUAUUUAAAUUAGCAGCAUUAUCCAGCAAUAUCUUUUUCCUUGAAACUUAAAAGAUAUAGCCUCCCACAUAUAUUCUAUUACAAUGAGUUUUAGAACUUUUUAAACGGUAGAUAAUGAGAUUUGUGGCAGCCAUCUUGAUGUGACCUCAUUGAGGUCACUACUGAUAAAUGUCUAUUUAGACAAUGACAAUGUUUAUCCCUUCUCACCGAUAACCAGAAAUGGUAAAAACCUCUUCCACUAUCAUGUCAUCAAUAGGAAGGUCAUUGGCUUCAUUUAUGCAUGCGGAUCAUAGAUGCGGAUACUCUAUCCCAGUCCUAGGGCCGAUUAAAAAAAAAUUUUCAGUUUUUCAUCAGAUUUUUUGAAAAACAUGGGGCGGGCGGUUUUUUAUUUUAUUUUUUUCGUUAACAGCGGAAGUGGUGCAUUUCCCCUUUAAAAAACGGGCUAAAAGAUUGUUUUCCAUUUCAUAUACGUUUGGUCUGUGCAAGAAAUAGUCACAGUCAAAAGCCAUGUUAACUUCUACGUCUGAAUGCAACACUUCAACUUCGAGUAAAUAGUAAAUACCAACGUAAAAUCGUGUUUUUUUUAUUGGCUUCAUAAAACAAUGGUGGUCAGUGUUUUAUGACUUGUUCUUUAGAAAGCUAAUUUUUAUUAGUUCAUUGUAUGUUAUUGCCGGAUUCAAGAGUUCCAUAUUUAGACUCUAUCUGCGAUCAAUUUGUAUCGGAUUCAUGCUCAUUACUCGGCAAAACAAAACAUGUGCUCUAGUGGAAACGUAGUUAUAAUGUGUCUCAUGUCCUGAAAUCACCUAGUUUUUCAAAUGUAUCCUCAAAUGUGCGUAAACUAAUAAUGAUUGAAAAUUUCAUCUUCGAUAUGAACAUAUAUAAAACAACCGACUUCACAAUCUCAAAUGAUUCCUUAUGAAAAGUAUGAUUCCUAAUUUUUGCAUAGAGUGCAUGUGUAAAAAUAUUGAAAAUGUUUCUCGACAAAUGUUCCUCAUAAGAAGCCCGGGAUUCCACUCUUCCAGGCCAGAGCCCAGAACAGUGUUUAUCAAACGGUGUUCUAAAUGUUGGAACAUCCUGUUCAUAUGGAGUGCAUGCCGUUUUGAAAUAGACCACCUCAGUUUCAGCUUUGCCUUUGUAUGCAAAGCAAUGAUAUGCAAAGUGACCAUUUCUGAGAUGUUUACAUCUUGUACAGGGUGUAUAAAAAAAACGCAACCUCGGAAUUUCCUAAGAAAUCACUUUGCAAUUCUUAAGCAUAAAAGAUUUUAGGCCCGUGGGAAUUGAAAUCGAAUUGCUAAUAGAUCAUAUUACUGUUGUUGUGCAUUAAAUAAAUGCAUAAAUUUUGCUUUAUGCACUCGCGUGUGCAAUAAUUUUGACAGUUGUGGUAUUUUAAAUUCCCAGGCGCCUAAAAUCUUUUGUCUUUAAAACCAUGUCGAUUUCUUGGGAAAUUCCGAGGUUGCGUUUUUUUUAUACACCCUGUAUUAUGAUCACUCUUGAAUAUGUAUAAAAAACAAAGCAUUCGAAGUGGGCAACUUGGUCUGUUAUGCCGGAGAAGUUUCAUUUUCAAUUGGGUCUAUUCAGUGUAUUGCGAGAUCAGUUAUGACUCGGCAACUCUAAUUUAAUAAAACUGAGGAACUGUUCUGAGGUCUGGAGGUCUAUUACAUGAUUUGAAUUAUACCUGCAUGGGCAUGCAGUGAGCGGAAACGUCAGAUUAUAACAAUUUUCAGUUCUUUAACUGCAAUUAAAGGCAACAUGUGCAAUGCAGCCUUCUGAACAAUGGUUUUUAAUGUGAUGUGAGCAUGCGCAAAACAAAACAUGUCAUUUUGUACCACAAUCAAAGGUGGAGUUUCGUAAAUUUUGUAAUAGAUCUACAUCCUAAUCGAAUGCUAAGAUAUAGUAAGAACAAAUUCAAACGAAAGAUUGACUAGAUAUGAUCGGAGUUAACAAGUGAAAUUAAAUUAUUGUGAGUGACAACUUCGCCCAACGACAACAACAAAUGAACGAGUAACUCACAUUGAAAACCAUCAUUCAAAAAGCUGAACCAGAAAAUGUUAACUCUCUAAUCUCUAUCUACCAAGGGGCUGUUCAUAUGAGCCAGGCCAGCCCAAGCCGAGAUGAAUCGUGUCACGAAUUUUUUCCCUGACCGCAUGAAAGAUCGUUAGAAUGAACUUUAUACUUUUAAGCCGGUUACAGACAAGCAAGUUUUCUAUGACAAGUUUUUAUGUGACAAGUUUUAUUUGCCAAGUGCACGUGUGUGUAUGCAACAAAUUUUAUAUGACAAAUUUUCAUAUGACAAGUUUUAUUUACUGGUGUGAACGUGUCAACAAGUUUACUUUGACAAUUUAUUAGUAGCCAGCUGGCCAAUCACACCAAAUUUGGCAAAUAAUGCUCAGAUUAUUUUGACAAGUUUUCUUUGUUGACCCAUACAGACGAACAAAAUUUGUACUCUGACAAUUUUUUCUAUGACAAGUGCACUUGUUCAAAAGCUAGCAUGCUAGCUUUUGAACAAGUGCACUUGUCAUAGUCAUAGAAAAAAAUGUUAAAGUUGCGCGUACAGACGCAAUAAUGCCAAUAUAAAUAAAACUUGUCACAUGAAAACUUGUCAGUUGUCAUAGAAAACUUGCUCGUCUGUAACCGGCUUUACUGGAAUCAAACUAAGCUAAUUCAACUUUAAAAUGUCAUUUUGGAUGUUUAUCAAAGCCGUGGUAAGAACUUUAUUAAACGAAUCAUCCCGGGACAGGCCGGCCUCAUAUGCCAUAUUGAAAUAUAGUAAUGUCUAAACAAAGUGUAAACAUUUAUUUACGAUAUAACUUAUUUUGUUGCAAGUAAGUUAUUAAAUAAGAGUAGACGCAUAAAUUAUUCGUGUUGUUAGAUUUAUUGUAAUUAUUAUAUUAGAUAUAUUAUGGUAUAUAUUUACAUACUGAUAAGUGCAUUAUUUGUGUUCCGUAUUUGUAUAUGUAUUACAUACGUAGUAAAUAUAAAUAAAUUGUGUAUAAUAUAAACACGUCAA